UCUCACUGAUAAACCUUAAUCACAAAAUUCAAUAUAAAUAUUUAUAGCAAACUCUAUUUAGUGUCAAUUUAGUUGUAGACUGUUGUUUUCCUUAAAAUGAAACCAAUUUUACUUGUCCAUGGUGGUGCAGGCGAUAUACCAGCAAGUCGAGUGUCUGGCAAGUUGGACGGUAUCAAGAAGUCACUUCGCGAUGGUUUUAAAUUACUCAACAAUGGACAGUCAUCAUUGGACGCAGUUGAAGAAGCUGUUCGCAGUAUGGAAUUGGAUGAUAAUUUUAAUGCUGGCUAUGGAUCGUGUCUCAACAGCGAUGGAAUCGUUGAAAUGGACGCUAGCAUAAUGGAGGGAAAAUAUCUCAAAGCUGGAUGCUUAACUCUUUUGCAAGACAUAAUGCAUCCAAUUUCGGUGGCACGCAAAGUCAUGGAGAAAACCAAUCACACAUUUAUUGGCGGUGAAAGUGCCUUGAAAUUCGCAGAGACACACAAUUUUAAGCCCUUAACAAAGGGUUCAUUGGUUACAGAAAAUGCAAAAUUGGCAUUGGAUGAGUUUAAGGAACGCCAAGCAAAAGGUCUCGAUACGAUUUUCUCUCCAACUGAAUUAGAUAAAAAGUCUGUAGAAGAAUUGGGAGAGACAGUCGGUGCAGUUGCUAUUGAUGUCGAUGGAAAUAUUGCCGCAGCGACAUCGACUGGAGGGAUCACAGGAAAAAUGCCUGGUCGAAUUGGAGAUAGUCCAAUUUUAGGUUGUGGCACCUAUGCUGAUAAUGAAAUCGGUGGAGUAUCCACGACGGGUCAUGGAGAAACCAUAAUGCGUUUCAAUCUAGCCCAGCGGAUUCUACAGCUAAUAAGUCUCAAGCAAGUUCCUGUCCAGCAAGCAACAGAAGAUGCUACUAGAGAGAUGACACAGAGGCUGAUUGGUACUGGAGGAGCUAUUACACUUGACAAGCAGGGUGAAGUUGGGAUUUAUUUCUCCUCAGAAAGGAUGGCUUGGGGUUAUGUGAAAGAUAAUAAAUUAAUCUACGGUAUAAAUAAGGGAGAGAUUUACAGAGAGGAUUUGUAAUUGAGUGAAAUUCCUACACAAAUUUAAAAUUAGCUUUUGUUUAAAAAAUAAUUGAUUGAUUUUGUUUAAAAGACAUAAAAACAAGCUUACAUAAUUUUUUAAGAAAUUGUGUAUUAAAAAAAAAGGAACAGGAACUUUUGU